AUGUUUUCUUUUCUUCUUUUUUCUGCUAGAUCAAAUAAAAUACUUCAACGAAUUGCUCCUCUUUUUAACGGAAAUAACGUUACAUUUCAAACAAUGCAGAAAGUUAGUCUUUCUUACACUAAUCAUCCACUAUUUACAUCAAAAUCACGAUUUACCUUUGGCGACCUCGAUAUAAACAGUAUCAAAUUUACAAAUUCUUAUGCAAAGAUAAUAAAAGGCAAUUUUAAUAACAUUAACAUUCGAAAUUGCGUAUUUUCAAAUUCAAAAUCUCCUCUCGAAGUCAAAUCAGGAAUUGUUUACCAGCAUGAAAUUAAGGAAGGCAUGAUAUUAACCAGAAAGAACAUUUCGUUAGUUAUUUCCUCAAGCGUUUUCAAAGAUUUAAGUACACACAAAAAACAACGCGGAGGAGCCAUUACAGCUACAGAAACAGCCAUCGCAGUAGCAAGAUGUCUAUUUGAUAAAUGCAAUUCUAUUGAUGGCGGCGCAAUUUACUGCGAAACUGUUGGAUUAGAACUACGCUACGUUGGAUUUCAUAGCUGCAAUUGCCCUCUUAAUGGUGGCGCUAUAUAUUUGAAUGCUUCUUUUGUUGAUGCAAAAAUGAUUGAAUUCAUAAACGGAGAAGCAAAAUUUGGAGCGGCGGUCUACGCAAUAAAUUCUCAAAUCGAAAUGAAUAAAGUAUCUGUUACAGGAAACACUGCUAGCGAAGGCGCAUUUUUCAUAGAAAAUACAGAAAUUUUAUUUAAUGAAACAUUCUUUACGAACAACAGAGGAGGACUGACAUCAAGUACUGCCGCAAUCUUCUUCCAAAACUCUCCUAUUGAAAUUGCUUCUGUUCAUUUCCAAAAUAACACAAAUCCAAGUGGCCCGUCCAUUUUAAGAGCAAAAGGUAAUUCUACUUUAAGGGUUAUCGAGUCUUCAUGCUUUCCAAAGAAUUAUAAGCUUCCAAUUCAUGCAGAAGGAGAAUCUAAAAUUAUUCAGCUUGAAGAAUGUCCAGGAGUGACAGAUACUAUGCUAGAUACAGAGGAAUCUGAUAGAGUUGAACUUGUUAUCAAGAAUAGCACUGGUUCCUUUGGAUUUGCUCUUGCAAUGUUAGCAAUAAUUAUUACCCCGUUUGCAUUGGCUUUUUCACUUCCAAGAUUGUUGUAA